UCAGAAAGCAGAAGGGAGAGCUGGACGCGGCCGUGUUGCUGGGUAGAGAACAAAGCCGAGACACAGAUCUGCGUUAUAACUUAAAAAGCGAACAGGCCGGAGACUGUUGUGUGGUGUUCCUCCUCCUCCUCCUGCUGCUGAUUACUCACCCACGCUCAAAUAAUGGCAACUGACUGUGAGGCCUGGCUCAACUCCAACCCAGUGGAGGAAGUUGCCCUGAGCGACUCUGAUCAGUCUGGGAAUGAGGAGAACGGCAUUCAAACCAAAAUUUUUGAUGAAAUAAACGGGAACUGGAUCUUGGCUCCGGCUGGUACCGUCCACGAGGCUCGUCUCAAGGCCAAGGCCAAGCGGCGUCUCCGCAAGAACUCCUCCAGAGACUCGGGCCGGGGAGACUCGCUCAGCGACAACGGGGACGCCGUCAGGUCCGUCGCCCCGCCCACAAGCCCCAAGGGCAGAGUGCUGGACCGCAGGUCCCGACUGGGAAAGGGCCGAGGACUUCCAAAGAAAGGCGGAGCCGGGGGUAAAGGUGUUUGGGGAACACCUGGAGAGGUGUACGCCGAGGAGGAGGUGGACGUACGAGACCCCAAUUACGACGAGGACCAGGAGAACUGUGUGUACGAGACGGUGGUUUUACCGCUGGAUGAAGAAGCGUUCACGAAGACUGUCACGCCCAUCGUUCAGGAGUACUUUGAGCACGGAGACGCGAACGAAGUGGCGGAGUUGUUGGGGGAGUUGAAUCUGGGCGGGAUGCGGAGUGAUGUUCCUCUGCUGGCCGUGUCUCUGGCUCUAGAGUCUAAAGCGAGUCACCGUGAGCUGACCUCUCGCCUGCUGAACCGCCUCUGUGGGAGGGUUCUGACCCGCUCCGAUAUUGAGAACGCCUUUCACAAACUGCUGCGAGAGCUGCCAGACCUGGUGCUCGACACGCCUACAGCACCACAGCUGGUGGGUCAGUUCAUCGCCAGAGCGGUAGCUGAUCAGAUCCUCUCCAGAAACUAUAUUGACGGGUAUAAGGGCCGGGUGGACUGUGAGCAUACGAGGGCCGCUCUGGACCGUGCUGUUGUACUACUGAAGAUGAGCAGGGAGGCGGGGCUGAGGAUUGAUAACCUGUGGGGAUCAGGGGGCGGACAGAGACCUGUCAAUCAACUCAUCAAAGAGGUGAAUCUGUUGCUGCAGGAGUACGUUCUCUCUGGAGACACAGUGGAGGCGGAGCGAUGUCUGCGGGAGCUGGAGGUUCCUCACUUUCACCACGAGUUUGUUUACGAGGCGAUAGUGAUGGUUCUGGAGUCUAAAGGAGAGCGGACGCUGCAGAUGAUCCUGAAGCUGCUGAAAUCUCUCUUUGACUCGUCGGUAAUCACUGUGGACCAGAUGAGACGGGGUUAUGAGCGGGUGUAUAUGGAUAUUGCUGAGAUUAAUAUUGAUGUGCCGUGUGCGUACUCUAUACUGGAGCACUUUGUGGAGAAGAGCUUUACCACCGGAGUCAUCGACACCAAACUCAGAGACCUGUGUCCCUGUCGAGGGAGGAAGAGGUUUGUGAGUGAGGGGGACGGGGGACGUGUGAAACUGGAGAGCUACUGAAGCUCCUGCUGCUCUGAGUCUCGUCUCGUCUCCAUCGCUUUCAGGAAAACCAGCGCUACUGUUAAACUCCACGUUUCUGUAUCACGGGUUUAGAUAGAGUUUCCUUCUGUCCGUUACGAAUGUAGAGCUCGUUCACGGAGCAUCACAAGCACUCGCACACACACACACAUGGCUCCGAGGUGACCUGAUAAGCUAACCCAGAAAGUGCCACAUUUUGAAAUGACUGAGUCAUUCCAUGUUUUGUAUUGAUUGGUUUCACUGCCGCUCCAGAGCUUCAACAUCCUGAAGAGGAGCUGCUGGAUAAACUGAGCCGGAGGUUCGACUCCUGGUUUAAUUUUAUCCAGUGAAGGAGAAUCUCCUCUCAGUUCUGUGGUCAGCAGUAUCUGUAGAGUCGGGGUCUGUUUGUUUUAAGAGCUUUAUAAAGGGAGGCAUGGUGGACAAAAGCGCUUUUUUUUUUUUUCUCUUCUCUUUCUCAUUGGCAUGAACUUUCUCUCCUGUGCUGAUGUUCAUUCGUUUGUUUGUCUAUGGUUUUUCCCGCCUCGUCUCGCCUUAGUCUAACAAAGAUGUCCUGCAACUGACCAAGACAAGAAAAAGGCAAUACAGAGAAAUGUGAACCGGUUGGGAUCAUUUCGCAAAACUUGUUGUCAAGAACAUAUUUUUGUAUUUUGGAACUUUUGGUGUGGGUGAACUUUUACCAAAUGUUCUCACUCUUUAUGUGAAAUGGUGAAAUGGUGAAGAAAUAAAGAAUAAAUAAGAUGC